GGAUGUACGUUCCGGACUGUGACGGGGAUGGCUACUAUCGCUCGACCCAGUGCCACAACUCUGUGGGAAUGUGCUGGUGCGUCGACAAGCAUGGCGUCGAGCUGCCCAACUCAAGAACACGGGGCAAACCCAAUUGCGAUGCUCUGUUGAUGAAAAGCAAGACGUCCAGUCCAAAGAUCUCUUCAAUUGAUGCCAUCAACGACAACGAUGAUGACGAAAAUGAUGAUGAAGAUUCCGAUGAGGAUCUAGAGGGAAGUGCUGACCAGCCUCUCGACUUUUAGAUUAAAUAUAGUAGACAUUCAGGUUCGUUAAGCUGGUUCAUCUUGAGCCGAUUCACUACUUGAGCUGAUUUCCCCCACCAUUCCAGUCCAGGUCCAUUCUCACCGUCAUCUACAGCUGUGUAAAAUAGUUUCCCCAAGGGAUCAGUCGUAUGUUGCAUUUUUAGGAGUUUUUCAUAGUUUGAGUUGUAUGUAGCGAAUUCGCUUUCCAAUCAUUUCUCAAGUGUGAAUAGAAUGAAAUAAAAGAUACAGUAAAGUUACAUGUUGAAAAGCAUGAGAGGUACUACAGUGACCUCUCACUUAAGCUUGAGUAGCUUAUGGUGACUUGCUACACAUCUUUCAAAAAUUCACCUAAUUCAUGAUUGAUGAUUGAUCCCUUGAAUUAUUCAAUUACCAGUUCCGUGCAAUACAGUAAAUUGGUGCGUCCUAAAAUAUAUGCAAAAUAAUUAUAGAUAUAAUUUGUGAAGAAAACAGACCAUAAUUAGAGUUAUAGUGCAAUAUAGGACAUAAUCAAUGGCAAUUUAUCAAUUUAGAGUUGUAAUAAACUGAAGAAAUAGCUGCAAUCUCUCAGAGUACUUGAAAAAUGUCGACACAGCUUAGUUCUAGAGGUCUUCAUUCAAUUUUUCAACAAUAUCCUCUCAGUAUAGGCCAAUUUAACAAGAAUGAAAUGUCCAAUGGUCAUUUCUCAAUGACUAUCACUUUGUCAUAUCUCAUCACUGAAGAGUUAUAGUGAAGACACUAGUAUUAAUUUGAUUUCUUAUGAGUAAUCAAUGUUAUUCAGACAUAAAGCAGCUGGAGCUCUUCUCAGUAGAUACUAUGAUCAUUGAAGCUUUAAAUCACUGUUAGCAUAUACACAGCUGCAUACAAUGAAAAUAUUUAUCAAAUACGAAGACAUAACUCAUUAAUCCGUAGUACAAUGUGUCAUGAAACUUUUAAUAGCUGUUGAGCUAUGCUGUUGUUGAGAUUGUAUGAUUGAAAAUCGUAAAUCUUGAAGAAGGAAGAUUGCCAAAAUAUGCCAGAUGACAUAAUAUAAAAUCAAUGUCCUGCACACUUAAUACUUGCAGAAGAUAUGCACUAUCGAACUAUUUGUUUUCAAAAAAAAA